GCGCUGGGGCGGGACUUCCGGCCUCCUGCUUUGGGCCGGCGUGCUUUGCAGUUCUGGGGGAUCCUUUCCGCAGAGCUGAGGCGUAUGUGACAGAGCGGAGUAAGCGUGAAGAGUCGUCCUCACUGCAGAGAUUUGGGUCCGCGGCUGGCGACGCCGUCCGGACUGCCCUGCGCAGGGGACCGGACAGGAGCCGCCGGCCCGGGUGUCCGCUCCGCCCACCGAAUCCGAUGGCGGCGACCGCGCCCAGGGACCCAGCUCAGAGGCUGGUCCGUCCUUCUUAUACCAGAACCAUGGACACUGCUUGUUUCUCCAAUUCCCUAAGCACAUGCUGUGGCUGGUUGUUGGUGUGGAGCAGAUAAUGAGGAGGCACCUUUGGAGCAGAGCAUUUCCGUAGGAGUGUCACAGGUCAGGACUCCUAGACAGGUGUGUCUGCCCAGAAGGCCCACUCCUGUGAGAUACAAGCAGAGGGUUCAAUGCCUUCUCAGCAGUAACUAUCUUCCUGUGAAGCCAGAGCCAUAGGCACCAUCCUGAUCCUGAGGUCUACACCGCCCAGUGACGCCAGCGUGGAGCCAAUGAAGGUCCAGGAGACGGGCGUUUCCGUGUGUGCCAUCACGUCAGGGUGGGGCUUCCAGGGUCCUCGUGGCAGUCAUUUCGGCAGCUCUCGGGUCUGUUUCCUGUUCCGCGGUUCCAGAGCACAGGGUCAGGCCGAGGUGACGACUGAGGAGGCACAAGAGGUGUCCCUGCGGCACUGGGCUGCUCCUGUUCUUCCUACCGUGUCCGAUGGCGGCAGCUGUGCCCAGGGACCCAGCUCAGGCUCUAAUCCAAUAUGAUGGGUGUCCUGGAACACGGGGUCUGAUUUCCCCUGCACUCCUGAUGCCAUAAAGAUGUAUUAUGGCCUGAGGGAACAGUGCUUGAGGCUAUUUUUGGUUGUACCUGGUGGAUACACUGUGGAGGAUUUCAGGGACAGUGCCUGGGUAGUGUGACCUUUGAAGACGUGGUUGUAUACUUUUCCUGGGAGGAGUGGGGUCUCCUUGAUGAGACUCAGCGAUGCCUCUACCAUGAUGUGAUGCUGGAGAACUUUGCACUUGUGAUCUCACUGGGUUGUUGGUAUGGAAUGGAGGAUGAGGAGGCUGUUUCUGUGCAGCAAAUGUCACUGGGAAGGACUCCAAGUCCAGAAUCACCCCUGUGGAAAGUUCAGCCCUGUGAGAAGUGCGUCUUGCUUGGGAGAGACAUUUUGUACCUGGCAGAGGACCAAGGAUCGCAUCCUGGGCACAAAUCCUACACCUGUGAGACAUGUGGGAAACAAUGGUGGUUCGGUGCCAAUUUUCACCAGCACCAGAAGCAGGACGACGAGAAGCCAUUCAGAUGGGACAUGGAGUUUGUGACAAGCUACAAAUUGCACAUGUCACGGAAGCCUUUCCCCUGUGGGGAAAUUGGGAAGGACUUCCUGGCUAUAUUGAGUCUGCUCCAGCAUCAGGCCACUCUCAGAGGGGCCAAACCACACGGGAGCUUUGAACAGGGGGAGUCCUUUCAGGGUAGAAAAAGUCCUCACAAGUGCAGCGACUAUGAGAAACCAUUCAGCUAUGAAUAUAAACUUUUCCAGGAUCAGCAACUUCACCCCAGAGAAAGUUAUCACGACUGGGAUAACUGUGAGAAACCUUUCAACCAAAGCUCCGUCCUCAAUAAUUGCCCGAGAGCUUACCCAGGAACAAGGUCUUAUGAGUGCAACGAGUGUGGGAAAUCCUUUAGCCAAAGCUACAACCUCAUUCAACACCACAGAAUUCACACUGGCGCGAGGCCUUACAAAUGUGGUGAAUGUGGCAAAGCCUUCAGUUUCAAAUUCAGACUUGUGCAGCACCUGCAGAUUCACACUAGAGUGAGGCCUUAUGCAUGUGGCGAGUGCGGGAAAGCCUUUAGCUACAGCUCUACCCUCAUUAAACACCAGAGAGUUCAUACAAGAGAGAAGCCUUACAAGUGUGGGGAGUGUGGGAAUUCCUUCAGCCAAAGCUCCAACCUCAUUCAACACCAGAAAAUCCACAGUGGAGCAAGGCCUUAUAAAUGCAAUGAAUGUGCAAAAUCCUUCAGCUACAAAUGCAAACUUGUGCAGCACCUGCGCAUUCACACCGGAGAAAGGCCUUAUGAGUGCGGCGAUUGUGGGAAAUCUUUCAGCCACAGGUCCACUCUCAAUCAACACCAGAGAAUUCACACUGGAGCUAGACCGUAUAAGUGCAAUGAGUGUGAGAAAUCCUUUAGCCAAAAGUCCAACCUCAUCCAGCACCGCCGAGUCCACACAGGAGAAAAGCCUUACGAGUGCGGGGAGUGUGGGAAAUCCUUCAGCCAAAGCUCCCACAUCAUUCAACACCGAAAACUUCACACCAGAUAACCUCAGGAAUGGAACGAUUCUGGGAAAAGGUUUCUUUCUAGGUCUAUAUUACCAUGUAACAGCACAGCCCAGCAGAGGCAAAGGAAGCUUCAUCUACAGGUCUAACCUGCUUGAGCACUUCCUAUGACUGGACUCACCUCUUAUGUAUGGAACAUCACACCUCUGAACGUCCCAACACUGGGGGAGAGUCCCCAAGACUGUGAGCUUUGUGGGAUGGCUUGCGGGAUCCAUGCAUAUCACUCAUUGUGCAUUGUCCAUUAAGAAUGACUGAGGGGUGGGCAUUACACCGCAGUUUCCUCAUUAGGAUUCUGACAACGUAAGGGAGACCUCCCGAGAGUGCUGUGAGCACAGCAUAUUUUACUGGUCCACCUUGAAGGGUUCUAGGAGAGUGCUCUUUCUGCAGGGUGGUCACAUACGAAUGUGCACUACUGUGGGGGAAGCUGUCCUCCGACUCCUGCAGAGGAAUCAUGUGCCUUCACGUGUAGCUUCACUUUUCUGGUGUCAGAAACAGGACUAAGAAUCAGGCUGAACACAUCCAGUGGAUCCACAGCUGAGUAUAACCCAUGCCUGUGGUUCAGUUUCUAACACUCCACAUCCGUGUUCAUCCUCCAGUUGAGGGAACUUGAGAGCUGCUGUCAAUCUUCCUUUUUCAUAGUCCAAUCUCAAGGAUAUAUAGCUGCAUUAAGGCAAAACGGCAAUAGGCUAACAAAUCCUGUUGGUGGGAUGCUCACUGUAGCUUUCUGACCGGUUGCUGACCCAGAAUUCUGUUGAAAUUCUCCUUAAUAUGCAGGGCUUCCCCUCCCCAUGCAUGGGGAGGGGUGGUGGACUCCCGAGCAAAGAAAGUGUGGGGAGGGACCCAGACUUCCAGUUGAUUUUUUUAAUAAAGCUUUAAUGGAGGUUUAACAAAUAUGCUGGAAAACUGCACACAUUUAAAAUGGUAUACAAAAGACCACAGACGGUAAUAAAUCCAUACGUAGAACUCC